AUGGGGCCUGCUCUGGUCUCAUCACUAAAAGUCUUGUUCUUGGUUUUGCAGCCAGAACCAAAACCUGGAGACCUGAUUGAGAUUUUCCGUCCUAUGUACAAACACUGGGCCAUCUAUGUCGGUGAUGGAUAUGUGAUCCACUUGGCUCCCCCAAGUGAAUUUGCAGGAGCUGGGGCAGCCAGCAUCAUGUCUGCUUUGACUGACAAGGCCAUAGUGAAGAAAGAACUGCUGUGCGAUGUGGCCGGGGGGGACAAGUACCACGUCAAUAACAAACAUGACAGCGAAUACACCCCACUGCCUCCAAACAAGAUCAUCCAGCGGGCUGAAGAGCUGGUGGGGAAGGAGAUUCACUACAAGCUGACCAGUGAGAACUGCGAGCACUUUGUGAAUGAACUACGUUACGGAGUUGCCCGAAGUGACCAGGUCAGAGAUGCGGUCAAGGUGGUAGGCAUUGCUGGAAUGGGCUUGGCAACCUUGGGCCUCAUUGGAGUCCUGGUCUCCAGAAACAAGAAACAGAAGCAAUGAGUUGGAUGACUAUCCAGCCCAAGGAGCUCUUCUUUUGCUAGAGGCUUUGAAGUUUGAUUUAUAGAUUCUACUGUUUUAUUAUUAGACUAUUUCCACAGCAUACAAUAAAGCACAAGAGAACUUUGCUGGAAGGAUGCUACA